UCUACAGAGGCCAUUGAUGGCUGUUCAGCUAACCAAGCUUAAAGACGGAGUCGCGAUGGGUUGCGCGUUCAAUCACGCGCUACUUAAUGGAAAUGCCACGUGGCAUUUCAUGAGUUCAUGGGCUGAGAUCUGCCGUGGGGCCCACGACAUAUCCGUCCCGCCAUUUCUCGAGCGUACCAAAGCGCGCGACACGUGGGUGAAACUCGACAUAACCAUUCCACCGGAACCCGCCGCCGCCAACGGCGACUCGAAGGCGGUGGCGCUACCACCGCUUAGGGAGAAGGUCUUCAAAUUCACAGAAGCCGCCAUUGACAAGAUCAAGUCGAAAGUGAACUCAACAAACCCUAUAUCGGACGGCUCAAAUCCGUUCUCCACUUUCCAAUCGCUCUCCGUCCAUAUAUGGCGCCAGAGAACAUCAUCGUGUUCACCGUUUUCGCCGACUGCCGCAAACGCGCCCAUCCGCCAAUGCCUGAGAGCUACUUCGGAAACCUAAUCCAAGCCAUAUUC